CCGCGACCUCGCUGCUGCUCUAGGCUUAGAUCUCAUCACUAUGGCGGUCCUCCCGGGGCUUUCAGGUGCUCGUGCGAUCCUUCUGGCCACCCAUCUCUGCGCCAACGGCGAUGUCGCUGCGCUCCCGUCGCUACAGGCCCAAUUCCCUACCUACCUCCCACUCGAGCGUGUCUUGCGCAUCAUCCUGACCUUCCUCCCCGAGAGUGCGGAGCCCAGUACCUACAUCCCAGUGCUGCAAGCACUGGUCGAUGGACCGCUGCAAGGAGCCAAUACCGACAGCACUGCCAUCAACACCACGUCCAUCCCAGAUCUAUCCGAGGCCGUGGUGAGGAAACGUGUACGGAAGAUCCGUUUACUACCGCUGCAGUACCCCGACGAGGACACCCAGGAUUCGUCUGACCUGCUGGCCCAAUUCCUGAUUCACCGGGCCCAUCGCAUCGACUCAGAGACUGCACUGCAACCGCUCGUCCUCGACCUCCUCUUGCCCUUCUACGAACGCUCGCCAACGCUACGCACGUGGCUGAUCUCCAGUCUACUCCCGCUACUCCGCUUAAACUACGAAUACUACCCCAGCCCGGACGAGACAUUCUCGGUGGAGAUUCUGGAGUCUAUGGACAACAGCAUCGCCAUCAACGUUCUUCUUUCGAUGACCAGUGCGACGAAAGGCAGCAUGGACUUGGUAAAGAAUCUCCGGGGGCUCGUUGGGGCGUGGAUGUACGGCAGCAAUCGCACCAAGAGACGGAGGCUCAAUGAAGCGGCGCAAGAGAAUGCCAUCACUCUGCCCCAGGAUGGAGCACAGCCAAAAACAACUGCGGGCGUCGGGUGGCAGCAAGUGAACGAGUGGUUGCUGGCGCGCAGUCUGGUCGACCACGAGAGCGCGGUCAACGCCUUUGUCAACUGGGACGGGCCUGAGGAUGUUGACCUCGGGGGCUAUGCCGAAGAAAGUGAAGGCCUACCGAGCGAGGAGCUGAGCGAUCUGCGCACUCGAUAUGGUCAGACUGGACUGGCAGUUGUGUAUGCGAACUCCGACCCCAGCGGGACUGCUUUGGAGGGUUCCAUUCGGGUUCUGGCACGCAUCGCCGAUUUCUUGAAGCUGGGAGAAUCUUCAUAUCUCACAUCCGAUAUCUCAGAACUUCCGACGGUGAAGUUCGAUUCCGAGCUGAUCUCAUCAACCUCAAGAGUGUCCCUGAUGCAGAAUGCCCUGCUGGUCUCUUCAAACCCGUUGACGCGUCCUUCUUGCUCCUCUAUAUCAUUCCUCAGCGCAAUUUGCGUCUCUCUCCGGAUAUUGAACGAGUUUGGCCAUCCUACCCCGUCCAGGACAGCUUCAAAUAUAUGUCUUCAUUGUAAUGAAGAAACGCAGCUGCUUGAAUUGCGCAACAUAGUUGCUUCUGCCGUGAGACAAGCAAAGUCUGGCCGUGAUUGGAACAAGACCCGCCAACAAUUGCUCUGGCUGCGAGAUUGGCAAAGUGAUCGCUCGGACAUUCCAGAACAACUUACCUGUCAUGGCCUCUUCUGGAAAGUCCCGCAGGAAACCGUCGAUGCCGAGAUCUUGAAAGCACUGUUGGAAGUGAGAGAAUACAACCUUGCCGUGAGCAUCUACAUAGACGCCGGCUCGAGUCUGAGCCAGACACAAGUCGAGGGGGCUGUCAAAGAGGCCAUCUUCGCCGCGUACGACAAUGCAAGCAACGGCAAUCGGACUCGGGGCGGCAUGAAGAAAGCAUACGACAUCCUACAAGCUUUUCAACCGCACUUCGCGGAUUCUGCCUCGUUCAAGCAGAUCCAGGCUCUGAUCUCCGCAACUCACGCCCUAUCCUUCUACUCUCUUACCCUGCAGCACGGCGUCCCCUUCCAACCCGUCAGCAUUCGCGUCCACCCCGAUCCUCUCUCUCUGAUCGAGAAAAUCCUCGACCAAAACCUCAAGAGCUACACCAAGGUCGACGACCUGCUAGCGAUCGGCCGGAACCUCGUCGCUGCAGGCGUAUUUGCUCAUGUCACCGAUGAGAACGACUCCCCAUUCUCGUCUCCUCCCUCCAAGGAAGACACCCUCAUCACCGCCGAACGCCGCAUCAUGUCCCUCGCCAUCUCCUCUGCCCUUUCCUCCCACGACUUCGGCACCGCGUACUCCUACAUCCUCACCCGCCUCACUCCCCCAUCCCUUCUCCCCACCUCGUCCCCUCUCACCAACCCCUCCCCCAUCAAAGACGACAUCACCUGGCGUGCUGUCUACAACGCCGGCCGCUACCGCGCCCCCGCCACCAGCACCACCCCCAACAACCAAACCCAGAUCACCCACCUCUCCCAACGCAUGGAACUGCUCUCUCUCGCCCUCGUCCUCGCACCCACCCCCGACCCCCUCCCUGAAAUCCUCGGUGCCUGGCGCCGCUGCGACGAGGAACUUUCCAACCUCCGCGCGCGCGAAUCCGAAGAAGAAGACCUCUGGGACUCCAAAGGCGACACCAUCCCCGGCGGCUUCGGCCCCACGGAUAGCGAACAAGACGCGCUGGAGACCCGACAACACCACGCGCGUCGCGCGCGCGCCCACGCCUCCAACAACCGUCUCAACCACGAAGAAGCACCCAUGGGUCUAUUCGAGGUCGCUCGCGGCGCCGCGCUCGCCCUACAGAAGAACGCCUUCCCACUCCGCGCCGCCGCGUCAGCGUCAGUACCGCCGGCAUCAGACAACCACCCCGCCGCCCCUGCAUCCUCAUCCCGGAGUCACAUGCGCACCGCGUCCUCCACAUCCGACGACCAGCACGACGAAAGCCGCGUUCGAAAACGCGACGUCGUCAGCAACAUGGUCACGGAUGGGCUGGUCAGUGGAUUGGGCUGGGUGCUGGGUGCUCAGCCUGUCAAUCGGUAAUGAGAUUUGCGUUUAUCCAUUUAUAUUUAUUCAUUUGUCCAUAUAUCCAUGCAUCUACCUAUCCAUUCUAUCCAUCUAUGCAUACAUUACCUCUUUUCCUGUUUUACUUAGCCAGGUGGUAUAUGUGUGUCUGUUAUGUACUGUGUCAAUUAACGAAGUAUGAUACGUCAUUAAUAUCUAUCUCCCUUACCUCUUCUUCCGACCUACCUACCUACCAUAUGUUCCUCACGCAUAUGCAUAUGUCCUCCUCAUCUUUCAUGAUCUUGUAUUGUAUUGGU